AUGAGCGCUCUAGGAAUCGCAUCUCAGAUUCCGAACUUCCUUAUGGCCCUCAUCAACGUAGCACAAGUCAUUGGGGGUACGCUCAUGAUCCGAAUCACUGGUACGCUAACUAUUAACUGCAUCAACGUUGGUGUUAUCAUUGCUUUGGUGAUUCUUCAAAAUCCCAGUCAAGAAGACAUGGCUUGGUUCUACUAUGUCUCGUUGACAAUAGUCAUCAUUAUGAACGCUUCCAAUGGCUUGUAUCAGAAUUCGGUGUUCGGCUUGACAGCUGACUUUCCAGCCGCGUACACGAAUGCCAUUGUCGUCGGUAAUAACAUCUGCGGCACAUUCAUCAGCGUUCUUUCCAUAGUAACAACCAUAGGAGAGAUAUAUCCCGGCAUCACAGUCUUUCUUAACUUUAACCUCCUCGCAGCAAUCGGAUCAACAACAGCGAACUUCGUGCAAAUCCCGGGGCCGAACCUGCUACUAGUCCCUGUGACAGCACGUCUGCUGUUCAUUCCAUACUUCAUGCUCUGUAAUUAUAACGUCGACGAUCGAGUGAUGCCGGUGUUUUUCGAGAAUGAGUGGUUCUUUAUCAUCGGAAAUGCCGUUAUGGCAUUUACCAGCGGCUACUUCAGCUCACUUGCUAUGAUGUACGCUCCAAGGGUCGUCAAGAGUUCUCUAUCGAAAACUGCAGGAAUGAUGGCAGCACUUUUCCUAGUUACAGGUGAGCGGUACCUGUAG